AUGUGGGAGUGGAGGAUAAAGGAGAGUCCGGACUGCAUCAAAAGAAUCACUUGUGACGUUUACAAAGAGCUGUGCUCAGGAAACAAGAAGACAUGGGUCCACUUUACUGCUUUGAUCCACGAAGGUUUCAGCGACUGCAUCAUCUCAGAGAUCCACAACCGCCUGGUUGGACCCAAGAAGAAGAGGAGCAGACUGAGCUCCUUCUUCCACUCAGUCCGCCACGCGCUGUGUAGAUACUGUUAA